UAGGCUGGUUUCUUGUUGAUAUUCAGUCAACGGGCUCGGUAGUGUUGCUAGCUGGAGGCGCUGCAGACCCAACCAGGAAGUCAACAAAGUUGCUAGUUAAUAUUAGCUUCACUUUGAUUUUCAUCCAUUGAUGUUAUAACAACAUCAUGAGUUCCGCUGCCCCUCUGACUAUUGGGGAGUUAUUCCUCAUCCUCAGUGAGAUGGGGUUCUCAGAGGAACAGAUCCAGGCAGCUGUCCAGGCGGGGCAUUUUUCUGUGUCAGAUGCGGCUGAGUGGCUCUUGCAGGGUCAGUAUCCACGGCACAGGUUGGUCAAGCACUCAUCACAGCCAGCUGAGACAGCAUUUUCUGCUUUCAACCCACCCAAAGAGGCAGCAAGCACUUCAGAGACACAAACAUCUCCUUCUGACAGCAGAGCGUCACCUUCAUUGGUCCUGAGACCAUCACAGUCAGGCACCCUGUCCCCAGACCCACUACCAGUCGAGUCCCGCAUCAAACAGGACAAGAGUGACUUUGAAGAGCAGCAGAGACAACGUGGUGCUCAGGAGGCCAAAGCAGAGAGAAAACAAAAAAAACAGGAGCGUGAGUUGGUGUUGAAGCGGAUAGCUGAGGAUCGGAGGAGCUUGCAGGAGAAGAACCAGACCAGUGCUGCCACAGAGACGUCUCCUUCUAGUGGUCAAGGGCAGAAGCUUGGAGGAAAGAUUCAGACUAAUGUAGAUAACAACUGCGUCCUCAUGAUUCGGCUCCCGUCCGGUGAGUCCAUGCGUGAACGCUUCCCAGCUGAUGCUCCUCUUCGCAGUGUCGUGGAGCACAUCACCGGACGUCACCCUUCCCUAGCCUCCUUUUCUCUCCUCCAGGGUUUUCCACGGAAACGCUUUGGGGAGGCAGAGCUCGCUUGUUCACUGCACUCUCUUGGCCUCACACCCAACGCAGCAUUGUGUAUUCAGACCACUCCUCCAGAGACACCUCAGGAUCCACCGAGUCCUGCAGAUCCACCAUCAGUGGUACAGAAUGAGCCGUCUCCUUUUGAUGUGGCUCCUCAGCCACAUAUCCCUGUCCAGGAGGGGGCGGGAGGACAGGACCUUGUUCUACCUCCUCCACUACCCAACCAGCUGUGGGAAGAGGCUGUGAAUUAUGCAGGGAUACCUGGAGUUGGUCCUUCCCUGUCUGGGCCAUCUCACUUCUGGGGCCGAGGCCAGAGGUUGGUUCCUGGUCAGGCCGAGGAAGCUGCUGGCAUAGAGGUUGAUGAGGAACAAGGAGAAGAGGAAGAACCACCUUACAUGCUUAACGGAAUGCCACGGCUGCCUUUCUUUCCGGAGAAUAGAUUUCGUGGAGAAUUUGAGCGCAGGCACCACUGGCCAGAGCAAGGCAAUCGACUCAGGGAGGCUCCAGAAGACGACCCGGCAGAGCCUGAGGAUGCGGGAGGUCAGGAGGCACCUGGAGCUGCAGGUCUGGCUGCAGUGGAGCGCCUUCAAAGAGCUGCGCAACAAGAAGAUCCCCGUGCCUCCCAGGGACAACCAUCACCCCCUAAAAAACCCUUCAGGGCACCCAGCGUGUCGUCCCUAUGUGCCUUGGCAACCCGCGCAACUGUCCACCUCAUGACUGCUCCCAGCAUGCAGUACAUCAGCAGUCUGGCAUGCCUCACCCCGGAGCUAGCAGAGCUUCUGCUGAACCACAUGUCCCGUGAAAGGCUCCUACGUCCACGCACCCUGGAGCUCUUCUUCGGCUGCCCAUUGCAGAAGUUUGUUCUAAACUGCUACCCUUACUCCACCAAUGAGCUCCUGCGGCAGUUACGGGCCUUCACAGCACUGAAGCAUCUGAGUCUGGUCAACUCGCCUCUCAUCACUGACACUGGGCUGUCAAUCCUGUCCAGCCUGGUCAAACUCCAGUACCUGAACCUGGCCUCCUGUAGCAAACUGACUGACUCCUGUCUGCAGCAUAUCACAGCUUUGAAGAACCUGUGUUUCCUGUCCCUGGACCACACCAAAGUGACGGAUGCUGGGAUGGUUAUAUAUCUCCAGUCAGCUCCAUGCUGUCUCUCUCAGCUCAGCCUGAACCAGACGGCUGUGACUGAAGCCACACUGGUAGUCCUGCCCACCUGUGUGCCACAACUGCGGCUCCUCAGCAUCAAGCAGACUAAGGUCAGGGAUGUGUCGGCUUUGGCAGAGCUGUCCAGCCUGCAGACUCUUAACCUGGAUGGGACAGGUGUGACUGAGAGCUCUCUAGAGCACCUGGCCACCCAUCCUGCCCUGACUUCCCUGAGUUUGGCGGGAAUCCCCGAAGCGGAUGGUAACCACGCCCUGCAGAUCAUCUCAGGUCUAAAGUUGACUCAGCUGACCCUCCCUGGACGCCACUCAGUGACAGACAGCGGGUUGUCAUUCCUCUCUAGACUGUCUCUGCUCUUAGAGCUGGACCUGACUGACUACACACACGUCACAGACCAGGGAGUCAGCCAGCUCUCCAUCAUGACCAGGUUGAAGAAGCUGUCACUUAGCAACACACAGGUGACAGAUGCAGGGCUUCCCUCCCUGCGUGGACUGCAGGAUCUGCAGGAGCUCUGUUUGGACCGAACAGCAGUGACCAGCCGAGGAGUGGCCGAACUCAUCACCUGUCUGCCGCACCUCCAGGUGUUGGGGUUAGCCAGCACUCAUGUGGGAGACACAGUAGUGAGGAGAGGUCUGAUCCGCUGCAAUCAACUCGUGAAGCUUAAUCUCAGCCGCACACGGAUCACAGACCACGGUCUGAAGUUCUUGAAACACGUGCAUCUGGCCCAGGUGAACCUGGAUGGCACCGGUGUGAGUCUGAUGGGUAUUGCGAGCCUUCUCUCUUUCACUAACAUCAGCAGCAUUCGGGCCAGCAACACCCGCAGCAUUCCUCCUGAUGAGGUCUCAGAUGAGGAGUGGGAAGCCCAGUGAGCAUCGAUACCUUCGGUUGGUCCGCGCAUACUGUACCUAAGCACGUCUCCGACUGCUGCAGGGCCCCUUUUAGCCCCUGAAACAUGCUGCCAUCGGGAUACUCUAAAAAACAAAAAAACAGCAUAACUGAAACACUCCUAUUUGCACUGUUUCAGCUGCAGCUAGUGCCACUAAUCUGUCAAUCACGCACGUUACCAAGUUGAAACCUUAAACGAGAGCCUGGUAUUUAAAAACUAGGCCAUUAACAUUUACGUAUAUAGAAUCAAUCUGCAUUGACUUGCGUACACGCUGCAGCCCUUUGUCUCUGGAAAAACUCCACCUGACAAACUUUAAAGCUUUAUGUGCAGCCUUAUAGGUUGGAGCUAUCUGUGUUUCCCCUGGUUGGCUCUUUUUGAGCCGACAGGCAGGAACAUAUUAAAUGUUGGAAAUGUAACCUAACACUGCAUCUAUUUUCAGACUGUAAUGACUAACAGCCUAAAAUAUGUAUACAUUAAAUGAAAACCUAAAUAAACUAAAUAUGGUUGAAUAAUUUAUUUUGAAGGAUGUAAAGGUAGAUUAUCACUUCCAGUAAUCAUCCUAUCACUUAUUAAAACUAACAUUGAAUCUUGAGCUACAUUCAUGUCAUUUUGGAUUUAUUAGAAGAAUAUUUUGAACAGUGACUUAGAAUUAGAACCAAUGUUCAUUUUCUGUUAGCUUGAAUAUUUGGCCCUAUUAAUUGUACAGUACACGCAAACACUGCCGAGGAU